CUGUGGGUAAAAUUUGAGAACAAUAAUCCUUCAGAAAAAUCUCAUAUGGCUGUCUGACACACAGGCACUCGACGUUUUAAAUAUCUAUAAUAAAAAAAAUCUUCCUGUAAAUUUUACAGGAAAACAAUUUUUUUUAUUAUAGAUAUUUAAAACGUCGAGUGCCUGUGGUCUGACAUGGCUAAAGUCAACCGGUGAUAAUGUGAGAAAAAUUUAUCCAUUCAUGAAUGAUAUACAAUUCCUUAGGUUUUGAAUUUGACUUUGAGCGGAUUGACUGGGGCCCCAUAUCCUACCCCCUCUACAGAGCUACCAUCUACAUUGUUUAAUUUACUAGCUAAUGAUGACAGGCGAGAACAUGGUCGCACCUGCCCACGUGGUGUUGUUUACAGAUGGCGCUUCCCGGAAGUCAUUUGUUUCAGUAGUAACUCAACAUGGCGUUAGGGCCAGACUGGGUUUCUCAGUCAUGGUGCUUUUUAUGGAUGUUUACGUUAUUAUUAAGUGAAUCUCAGACAAAAAAGACGCAGACAUAUUAUAUGCAUGGAAUCGACUGUGGAAAUAAAAAGUAUAUAGGUGGAUCCACUGUUCUCUCACACAGAGGGGAGAAUUCCGAGUAUUACAUGAACAACAAUGAAUGUAAAAUUACUUUUAAAGCUGACAACGAAGGCUGGAGAAUUAUGUUGCGAUUUCUAGAACUCGAUAUUCCUGAUAUAGACCCAAAUACGGGAAUAUGCAAUGAUGCCUUAUAUUUUUAUGAUUCUGAAGAUAUAUUUACUGGGGCGAUGACAGAUGCAGGUGGAAACUAUGGAUUAUGUGGCACCCAGCCCCCUCCAAAUCUCCUAGUCUCCACGGGUCCAUUCCUCACAAUUCAUUUCAGGACCAACAAGAAUGGAGAUAUAAAAAGAAGAGAAAAAGGAAGAGGUUUCAAAUUCAUCGUUACAGCGUUUAGUGAAGAUUUUAAAAAAUAUAAUUCUUGUGGCUCACACUUCCAAUGUGGCAACAAGUUCUGUAUAGAUGAAGACCUCAAAUGUGACAAGGUGGAUCACUGCGGUGAUAAUUCAGAUGAAGCCAUGGAAGGCUUUGCUCAGUGUGCAGUUGAAGAUGAUGGAACUUUUCUCAACCGAUUCUUGGCCCUUGGAGUAACAGCCUCUGUUACAAUUACGGUAGGAAGUCUCAUCGUGCUGAUCGUCUGCAUCAUUGCUGCCGUCUGCUGUUGUAAAAAACUUAUGUGUAAGCCACCACCAGAGAGCACCACUUGUGCUGCACAACCUGCGAUGCCCAACAAUUUGGUAGCUAAUGGGGCACCACCCUAUAAUCAAAGUCAAAGCACUUGUAACUCUUCAUACCCCCCUAGUCGGGAAUAUCCUGAUUUUCCACACUCGCAUCAGGGUUACUUUCCCAUGCAACCCGUAUACCACCCCGCAAACCAGCAUGGUACCGCGCUGUACACCGCUGCUUAUACUCGUGAUGCUUUAGCUAACACUCACAAUUCAGGAAGUGCGUAUUCAUCACAGUCUCACUCUCAUUCACAGCCCCCCUCCCACCAUCGCUCCUACACCCCAACAAGCUCCCGCUCGGGGAAGUCCACGCGAUCUAAUAAUAGCACCAGUGUCACUUAUUCUCAAGGAACAGAAAAGAUCACACUGCCCAUUAACCUAUAGCAGGAGAGCUUGUAGGAAAGAUGGCACAUGGAGGAAACUAGCAGGAAUGGAUAAAGGACUUGAUUCAGUACUAUGUGAACAUUGGACCUGGCUGGAUAGUUUCGCUUUUGCAAUGGCAGAAAUUAAAUUUCUUGCUGUGAAGUAAAAAUAGAGAAAGUGAAGUAAAAAUGUCUGUUCUCUGGUAUAUAGAAAUUACAUUAAGCAGCAAUUUAUGUUUUGUUGCAGAUUACAAGAGAACUGAUUAUUUGAUUAGAUGAAUGUGAAUACCAUUUUUUUCAGUGGAUGCCAUGUGACAUAUAACUAACAAAUUAAGGUUGUAGUCUAAGCAGACUCUUGAAAUGACAAAUACCAUGAUCUCAGGAGAUUUAUGUAUCACAUUCAAUAAUUAUUAUGAUUUUACAAUGACUAUUUAGUGUGUUCAGUUAAAGUGUCAUAUGAAUUGUACCUUGUUAAACCUAUUCAUUGAAAUUAUGAUGUCAUACAUACUGUGAUGUUGGUGCAGAUAUUUAUAGGACUAAAGAAUUUUUUGUAGUUUCAUGAUUGUCAUUUUAUGAAGCGUUUUGUUACAGUAGUUUCUUGCACUUCUUUCAUACAGAAUAUCUGGUUAUUUUUAUUACAAUUCUUUUAUUUACACUUUAAAAGAGUUGACAGUAUUUUAUUACAGAAUUUGACAAAUUUGUCACAAUUUGUCCACUGUUUAUAGGGAACGUGGGGUGGGGGAUGUCGGAAAAGUGCAAACUUCUGAACAAAAAUUGUUAUAUGGGAAAGUUUGAUUUUCUCUUAAAUAUGAAUUACCUGUGAAUGCUUUUCAAAUUUUUAAUAGUUGUUUCAAUGGCCAUUUACUACAUCAGCUGAAGUUUCUAAAAUUCUGAUUCUGUAGACUCAUUUGUAUUCAUGGGGUCAAAUUUUCAUGGUUUGAGAAAAAUAUGCAUGUUCAUGGGGACUUGGUUUUGUGGUGUAAGAAUUGUAAUUCUGUUCAUGAAUGACUUUGGUUCGUGGAUGUGCCGUACCACAAAAUCAGCAAAAAUUUAACACCCAUGAAAGUUAACAAUUUUACAGUGUCUGAACUAUUUGUGUUGAAACAAUGAAUUUGAUUUUAAAUACAGGGUCAUAUUCAAAACCUAAGGCUUAAGAGGCAGCUUUUCCCCUAAUGAGAUUACAAAAACAUCUGUGCAUGUGCACUUCAGCAUGCAUACCAGUAAAGAUGUUUUCCAGCUAAUUAUUAUAAAUUUUUUGUGAAAGAUUGUUGUAAAAGAGAUGACUGUAUGUUAUGUUGAGAUGACAAGACAAAUUCAUUGUUUUGAAUCAAUAAUGUUUAAAUAUCACUCACAAUGUAUACAGAGUGUAAAUUUAGGUUGUAGAUCCAAAUGCACAUGUGUUUCGAGUUAAAAAUUCAUUUUCUUGGUCCUUAAUUCAUAUGCUUGUCUCAGUUAAGUUGGGCCACUCUUUACAUAUUUAUUGAACUUAUUUAUUGAAUUUAUACAUCUCAUUGUUAUUUUAUACCCUUCUGUGAAGGUCAAGGCUGAAUUCCAUGUGCUAUGAUACCUGCAGAUAGAAAGGACUCAUUAUACAGGUGAAUGAUCUAUUAGUAAUUAUUGAUUAAAAUGAUCUAUAUGAUCAAUCAUUGACUGAAGUUGAGAAAGUAAGGUCCCCUUCUUUGAACAUUGUUUCUGGAUAUUGGCGAUUCUUUUCUAUAGUUAUGUCGGUUGCACAUUUUAGUAUUGCACUCUGUAUUGUGAUCUUGAUAUGGAUCUUAAAUACAGUAAUACUGCAACCACUUUUGAAACACUGCAUAUUUUAUUUGUGGACUUUGAACUUUUUUUUAUCCACAUUCAAUUUCUUUUAUGAUCAUUGAAUGUUUUAUUCCUGUUUUUUUUUUUUUUAAAUUAUUGAAUCUGAAAGUUUUAUGUUCUUCUCUGAUCCAGAUCUUAGUUGCUUAUUUUGUUUCCUUUAGCAGGAUAACUGGAUUACGGAUCCAGUUAACUGACAUGACAAUCAAUUAGUUGCAUUGUAUUUAUACUGUUGUUAUAAUUUUUUCCCUUCUACACCACGGAGCAUUACUUUUCAGCAUUUAUGAACAUGUGGUUUUUUUUUUAUUUAUUUGUUGUUCUUUAGUAGAUGUAGAUAACAACUUGUCUAAUUUUUUCACCUGUAUUCUGUUUAGUGUUGUUAUUGUUAACAAAAGAAUGGGUUUUUUUUUCACAUUUACAGUCAAGAAAUGUUUAAAUCUUUACCAUUAAACAUCCAACAGUCAUGAAUUAUCUCCCUUGAAAGUGUUUUUUUUUAAUCACAUUUACUUAUAAUUAGUCCCACCCAUUUGAUGAUUCUUUCAUAUUUUAAUACAGAAUGGCUGUAUGUCCUGUGUACAAAACACAAUCGGCAUAAAUUGUGUGCGAAUGAUAUUGCUUAGUACACAUAAUUAAGAAUGUUAAAGCAUUGAUCUGUGCUGCUUCAUUGUAAAGGAUUAGAGGAAUUUCUUAAUUGUCAAAUCUUACUUAAUUCAGCAAAGUGAAACAUCAUGUGUUACCAUGGAGAUGAACACUUAUACUUUCUUGUUAAUGAAGAUAUUCAGGAUCAUCAGCUCAAUGUUAAUUAGUGAGGGGUACAGACUGUUGUAAAAAGUCAAUAAUAAAACUUUGAAAUACUAA